GGCUUUUUCGUUCAAUGGGUUUUGAGAAGGAGACCAGAAGAGAGGACGCGACGAGGAUUGUAAUUGAGAUUGCCAUUUAUCAACAUUACGUAUUGAUAUUGCACAUUAGCUUGUAAAUUGUAGACUAUUUACUUCACACAGAGAAUAGAAAUCUGUAAUUUGGACUAGACAAGAUGGCCGGCUGCAAUUUUCAGUCGCAGUUGUUAUCCAUUAUGGAGGUAUUAGCUAAAGCAGCUGUAGCAGAAAUAAACAAACGUGUUGAUGACAGCUGUGCAGUUAUACGGUUGGAAAUGACCCAAAGCCAGCAAGAUAUUGAUGUUCUGAAAAGGAAGUGUCAAAUGAUGGAAAGCGAGCUGAAGAAGACACGAGUCAGGAGAAAAGAGAGUUCGUCAUAUCCAGUCAAUAUUGUUUUGAACAAGCAAAGGAGUAACUCACAGUUGAGAGAUGGAGAAAUGGCUGUUGAAGAGGACUCUCAACCCCAGCCUACAGAUGUGGAGCAGAGAGCAGAGACUGAACCCAUACGGAUCAAAGAUGAGGAGAUGGCAGAGGAUGUGUGGAAAACAGACCCUCAGGAAGAGCUCAGGAUCACUGGAGAGGAUUCUAGUUCCAAGGCAAGGCAACCACAAUCCUUUGAGCAACGGCACUGUGAUGAGGACUUCAUUUCACAACCCAACAUAUCUUCUGAAGACUCAGUGGAACAUUGCCCCAAUUCUGAUGGUCCAGAGGAACCAGGCACACCCCGGCUCACAUCUACAAAGGUGUUUAGCACAGAGCAGCACGGGCCAGAUGAGGACUCACUAGAGCUAGUGAUGGUGAAGGAGGAGAAAGAGGAGGAGCUGGAUCAGACCACGGCCCUGGCAGGACUUGACCAGUUUGUCAUGGAUGAGACUGAUGGGCAGGUGUGGACCUCUGUGGAUCCAGGCAGAGACACUGACACUGAUGGCCACCCAGAUUACUCAUUUCAUGGCGCAGAAGAGUACUCUCAGAAUAUCUCAAUUUUUCCAUCUCACAGUGGGCUCCCAUCCCUACCUACUAUGACAGAUGAUGUAGGACCAUUACUUCACUCUAGAGGGAAAUCACAUGCUAACAUGUUCAGUGUAGCAGCAAACAUGAAAAAACAUGUCAGGACAUUGGCUGAUGAGACUAGACAACAGAUGCCAGAAGAACAGAGCAGUGAGACGCUGAACUCAAAUAAUGAUGGAAAUAGUUUAGCUCUACAGCCAAGGCAGCAUCAGCACAGGGCUUCAGAAGCAACAGUGAGAAUGAGUGAGUGCAUGACAGGGUCAAACAUGGCCACCACCUCCACCUUCUCUGGAUACAGCCUGAGUCGCAGUAGUUUUAACAUGGUGAAGAGAAUGAGGACUCAGUGGAGGUCAGGCGGCACCACUGAGAGGCGUUUCAGCUGCACCUUCUGUGGAAAGAGCUUCCAGCGUUUCAGCCAACUCAAAGAACACCUCCGAAGUCACACCGGAGAGAAACCGUACACCUGCGAACAGUGUGGCAGGAGUUUCACCAAGCAGUGCAACCUGAUCAGACAUGCUGUGGUCCACAGCGGGGAGAAGCCCUACGAGUGCACACAGUGUGGGAAAUGCUUCACCCGGCGCUCCAGUAUGAAGUCACAUCAGAGAACUCACAUAGGAGAGAGUCCGGUGUCUCAAAAUGUGGUACCUGCAUACCCUGGGGAUCCACACACAAGUUUAAUGUUGUCUCAGACGAGAUGGAACAAAUAGUAACAUAAUUGUAUCAUUUUUUGGUAAAAUUUUCUAUGUGAAAAUGUAGGCAAAAGUUAUUUUGAGACAUUUUGACAAGUUUUUCCUCUCUAUAUAUUUUGACUGUUGACUGCACCUCACUUUCAUUUUAACAACCUAUUUACAACUGGUAACAUUGUGUAUUUGUACCACAAAAUCAUAAAAAACAUGUUUAUAUUCAAUUAAAAAUAAUAUAUAUUAGAGACA